GUCUCAUCUAGACCUCAUUUCAACAUAAACCUGUGUUAAUAUCCUUUGCUAUGUAUCUUCAGUGUGUUAUAGGAGUAUGGCGAGCUUUAGUCAUUAGAAACAGCUGUGUGAGGGGAACUCACUCACUAGCCAGGAUACAGUACAGAUUUUUACAGUAAGGGAAGAGGGGAGGGGGUGAAGAAGGGAAGGGAGGAGAGCAGGAGAUGGGGGAAGACAUCACUGCUUCCCCAACCACCACCACCAUCGCCAAAGGAAGCACUGUAAUCUCAAGGAACAUCAACGAAUUCCUCAGGAAUCACCACGAAGGCAGCCACCAUACAUUUCAGCGUCGUUCAUUCGGAUUAUCCGACAUUGUUUAUUUGUAAAACCGACCAAUCGCAUGCAGCACUAGUAGCCUAUAUCCAGCCUGUCCUACAUUUCGACUCUUAUUUAUUUCUUUUUCAUAUUUACAACGCGUUUUAUGCGAACGCAGGCGAUUGGAUUUUUUGCCUAUUUAGACACUAAAUAGCUCCGUGGUUGUUCACUGGAGUGCACUGGAAAUGCUUUAGGGCGAGGAGAGACGGAUGCGGACGGACAUUGUGAUCCCUGAUAAUACAGAAGAGAAGAGAUGCUCCACGGGGAUUAUUUUAAACCUCCGUGUUGACCUCUCAUCCCAACCCGAGGAGCAGGAACAAACACGAUUGUGCUUCAGUGAUUCCCAGAAGCUAAAUACUGAGAAAUAAAUGCUGCCAAUUACAAUUUAAAGCACCGAGGAGAGAGGUUAUAAAUAGCAGAGCGAAGAGGAAAUGGAGCGUUUUCUUCGUGCCUGGAUGAGGAAUGUUGCGAUCCAUUUACAGUGACAGACAUCUCAUGUGCCCCGCAAGAGUUAUUUUAUGGUUUAACCGCUGUAAUAACAAUUGAUGGUGAAUUUGUGUACAAUAUGGGGAGCGACAGUGAAAUACUGAACCGGGAGCUGUCAAAGAUGUCCGAUGAAGACUUGCUGGCUUGUUCUAAGGAAGCGCUGGUGAGUCGACUCCGCAAAGAAGAAUCGGAAAAGAUGUCUGCUCUCAUACAGCGCGGUCGAUUAAUCAAGGAGGUCAAUAAACAACUGCAGGGACAUCUGCUUGAAAUCAGGGAACUCAAAGUCAUCAACCAGAGGCUGCAAGAGGAGAACCAGGAACUUCGGGAUUUGUGCUGCUUUCUGGACGAUGACCGUCUGAAAGUGAAGAAGCUCGCCCGUGAGUGGCAACUAUUCGGCCAUCACUCUGCUAAAGUGAUGCGCGAGGACCUCGGCGGAUACCUCAAGAAGCUCGCCGACCUGGAGCGGAUGCAGGACGGUCUGGUGAAGGAGAACCUGGAUCUGAAGGAACUUUGUUUGGUGCUCGAGGAAGAGUGCGUGAGCAGAAGUGAUUCCAGCCCGGGUGGCUCCACGGAUCUCAACAUACCGUGUAUGGUGGCCCGGGACGUGGGUGACGGGAGCUCCAGCACCGGGAGUGUUGGCAGUCCAGACCAGCUGCACUUGGUGUGUUCACCAGAUGACUGAAGGAGAGGAGCAGAGCCAUAUUACUUUACCCUUCUCUCUUGAUGCUGAGACUUUUUAUGUCUACUAAAGUAGUUUACAUUUUCUGACAAUGACAUCUCAGCUAUUUCGGUGGAAAUAGACCAAGACUUCUAAAGUAGGCUAGUUUACUCGUGGCCUUUUGAUGCCAUAAUACAGUUUCUCUAUAUUUCAUUGAUUAACAUUUUAUAGUUGGCAGACCUUUAACACUUGAUUGAAAUUGUUGGGUGCCAGGCAAAACAGAAUUAUUUUUAAGCUUUAAGGUGACAGCCUAAGGUCGUCCAGCUUAAAUGGAUAGUUCACACAGAAAUGAAAGUAUUGUCAUAUUUACUCCCCCUGAUGUCGUUCCAAACCUGUAUGACUUUCUACUGUGGAAUACAAACGAAGGUGUGUUGAAGAAUUUUUAUUUUGAACAACUGUUUUUAUCCAUACAGUAAAAGUCAGUGGUGUCUAAAGCAGAAUUGGACCCUAUUGACUUUUAUCAUGUGGACCAGUGAUUUGCAAACCCCCGGGGGGCUUUAAGGGAACUGCAAGGAGUUUGUGAGUGGAUGACAAGCUAAUAACUAAUUAAAUAAUAACAAUUGAAAAAUUGAAAUAAAUACAUUUAAAAUAUAAACAGUCAAAAGUAAUACUAAAUAACACAUUUCGGCAAAAUAUAUGUGACCCUGGGCCACAAAACCAAAAGUCAUAAGGGUCAAUUUUUUUUAAAUGA